UUGUUUUUCUUUUUUUCACUGGUUUUAAAUAAACACCGCCUUAUAAUUAAACUUGUUUGUGUUUUGUCGUGUGUCUUUAACUCUUAUUUUGUAUUUUACUUGUAUUUUCUCUUUAUAUUAAAUAAACCUGGAAUUAAAAAAAUAAACUUGGAUUAAACUUGAAAAUACAAACUUGGAAAUAAACCUUAAAAAUAAACUUGAAUUAAAACAAACAUUGAAAAAAAACUUCAAAAUAAACUUGGAUUAAAACAAGCAUUAAAACAAAACAUUAAACAAAACAUUUAAAUUUAAUGUUUUUUUCAGAAAUUAAUUGCAACAUUUCCCCAUCCCAACAAACAUCAACAAACCAACAACAAUUUUAUGAAAACAUGCGAAUCUCACAAACAUCCCCCCAUUCAUCCUCUAGUGAAACAACAACAACAACACCCAUAACAACAUUAACACCAAACAAAAGAAACUCAACAAAUACUUGUUGUGUUUCCGGAGGGAAAAAGGCAAGAAAAGCGCGAACAAUAUUUACUGACAAACAAUUGCAAGAGUUGGAAACAAUGUUUGAACAUAAGCGUUAUUUGUCUGUUACCGAUAGAAUGGAGUUGGCUAGAAGAAUGAAUUUGAGCGAUACUCAAGUGAAAACAUGGUAUCAAAAUAGAAGGUAUAAAAAUUUUUUGAAUUAA